GGGGUUGAAAGUGCCGGAAAAACUUCAACCGAGAAAUGUUCACACUUUACAGGCACCUAUAGUCAGCCCGUCCGAAACUUUUCACUGGCAUCCGCCUAGCCGGCAGUCAACCGGCAAUUCAUUGACUACCAGGAGAGUUAACAUCGGUAAAAAUAAUUCUUUUUAGAACGUGAAUAAUGAAAACGUUGUAAGUAUCACACUUUAAUAAGUUAAGAUAUUUGGGGUAAUUACCCUAUCCUCGCAUCUCUUUUUCUUCAAAAGGGGGAAUGGGUGCCGGUGCUGCUGGAGGAAGAGGAGUGCAGCUUGAGAGAAGAUCAGUUUCUUCGGAUCGGUUGGUAAAAAAAGAGUCAGAGGAGCAAGAUCGUGGAGUUGAAAAGGGAAGUAGUUCCUGUGGAAUUGUACGAUCGAAAUCAAACGGUGAUUGUAAUGAGCUUGCUGUUUCUUCUUCUCCUUGUUUAUCUGUCUGUCCCAAUUCCUCUUCGAUUCUUUCUGUUGGUUUAUCUUUUGUAAAUAACAAUAAUAAUACCGAAUGCGAUCGUAUUAAUGUUGCGGCUCCUAACUUAAGAACCUGCGAAAGCAAUGGGUCUACUUGUAAUAAGCCGCCCACUGGGCGGAGUAGCAAGAGUGUGAAUGGGGAACUUGGGUCUAAAUCAUUUGAUGGUGGAGACGAUGCGGCGGGGAAUGAGGUGGAUUCUAGUGAACAGGUAUGUACCAUUAAGAACCUUGAUAAUGGGAAAGAGUUUGUAGUAAAAGAGAUUAGAGAAGAUGGGAUGUGGAACAAGUUGAAGGAAGUUGGGACUGGGAGGCAGUUGACCAUGGAGGAGUUCGAGAUGUGGGUUGGGCAUUCUCCGAUUGUUCACGAACUGAUGAGGAGACAGAAUGUGGAAGAGGGUAAUAAGGAUAGUGCAGAUUUGGAUGCCAAUGGCAGUGGUGGUGGUGGUGAUGUUUCCAAGUUUAAGAAGAAAGGGAGUUGGUUUAAGAGCAUAAAGAGCGUUGCGAGUAGUGUCACUGUAAAGGGCCAUAAGGAAAGGCGAAGUAGCGAAGAAAGGGAUACCUCAUCUGAGAAGGGUGGAAGGAGAUCGAGUUCUGCCACGGAUGAUAGCCAGGAUGUUUCUUUUCAUGGGCCGGAGCGUGUGAGGGUGAAGCAGUAUGGAAAAUCUUGUAAAGAACUCACUGCUCUUUACAAGAGCCAAGAGAUUCAAGCGCACAAUGGGUCCAUUUGGAGUAUUAAGUUCAGUUUGGAUGGAAAGUACCUUGCUAGUGCAGGUGAGGAUUGUGAAAUUCAUGUAUGGAAGGUAGUUGCAUCGGAGAAGAGAGGGGAGUUGAUGGAAAAGGUUGAUGAUGGGAAUUUGAACUUCUUGCUUGUCGCUAAUGGAUCUCCAGAAACAACUAUGUUGUCCCCAAUUGCAGAUCACCAUCCUGAGAAGAAGAGAAGAGGAAGGUCUUCUCUAAGCCGCAAGUCAUUGAGCCUGGACCCUAUUGUGGUGCCAGAUAGUUUUGCACUUUCAGAUAAACUUUGUUCUUUUCAAGGACAUUCGGAUGAUGUGCUUGACCUCUCAUGGUCCAAAUCUCAGCAAUUGCUGUCAUCUUCAAUGGACAAAACAGUGAGGCUUUGGGACUUGAUUAGCAAGACUUGUUUGAGAAUAUUUUCACACAUUGAUUAUGUAACUUGCAUCCAGUUUAAUCCAGUUGAUGAUAAAUACUUUAUUAGUGGGUCCCUAGAUGCUAAAGUUCGCAUAUGGAGCAUUCCUGAUCGUAAAGUUGUCGAUUGGAAUGAUCUGCAUGAAAUGGUCACUGCUGCUUGUUAUACACCUGAUGGCCAGGGUGCACUGGUUGGCUCUUACAAAGGAAGCUGCCAUUUAUACGAUACUUCUGAGAACAAGUUACAACCGAAAAGUCAAAUCAAUUUGCAGAAUAAAAAGAAGAAAGCUCAUCAAAAGAAAAUUACAGGUUUCCAGUUUGCACCUGGUAGUUCAUCAGAAGUACUCAUCACAUCUGCAGAUUCACGAAUUCGGCUUGUUGAUGAGUCUGAUUUAAUUCACAAGUUUAAAGGAUUUCGGAACACAAACAGCCAAAUCUCAGCUUCUGUUACGAGAAAUGGAAAAUAUGUCGUCUCUGCCAGUGAGGACUCCUAUGUUUACGUGUGGAAACCAGAAGCAGAAUCGCGGCCUAGCAGAAACAAAGGAGUCACUGUAACAUACUCUUAUGAGCAUUUCCACUGUAAAGAUGUAUCAGUGGCCAUCCCUUGGCCGGGCAUGUCUGACACAUGGGGAGUAAGAGAUACGCAAUUGAAUGAUCAAAAUUGUUUUGAUGACACUAUCGAUGAAGUUUCAACAGCCAAUCAUCCUCCUACACCCGAUGAGGAGUACAGUGGAAACGAGGGUUCAUUAUCAGCAUCCGGGUGCACCAAUAGCCCUCUCCACGGAACCAUUUCUAGUGCAACCAAUAGCUACUUCUUUGACAGAAUCUCAGCUACAUGGCCAGAGGAAAAACUUCUUUUGGCAACUCGGACCAGGAGCUCCCGGAUCAGUUUGGACUAUACCUCAGGGGUUAAUCCAAACAUUUCAGCCUGGGGUAUGGUGAUUGUGACUGCUGGCCUACGAGGUGAGAUCAGAACUUACCAAAAUUUUGGAUUGCCGGUUCGAAUUUGAUGAACCAAAAAAAGAAAAUGGUAGGUAGCAUCAAAGGGUUGGGGGUUGGGGAGGGGGGAAUGUGAUAAUGUGUCAAUACAAUCCUUUCCCUCGCUUUGGUUAAAAUUAAUUAAACAUUUUGAACAUAGGUUACAACAAUUUAAACAUGAAUAUGUUUAUUUCAAUUUGAUCCCUCGAAUCCCUAAUGUCCAUAAUGCUCGUAUCUCAUUAUUUAUCCGAUCAAAUCUAAUUUCGACUACAUAAAUAUAUUAUAGGAACCUUGUUCUA